UUGUUUAAAAGAUGAGGUUAUGAAACAAGUCACAGUUUUGUUUAUACAUAUAAAAUAGGAACAAAUAUAAAAAUCAAAUAAACUGAUGUUAAUCACGUACAUAGUGUAAUUAUAAUAAUAUUAAUCUGAGAUAUAAUUAUAUUAAGUUUGUAUAAACGAUUAGUUGAGGUUAUAAAACAAGACUCAGUUUUGUUCAUAAUAUAGGAGUUUAAAAAUUGGAUAAGUAUUUCACAAAUUGAGUUUUUUGAAUAGAUAAAGCAGGGUAAUUAAGAUUUUGUGACUAGAAAGAAAAGAAUUUGUAAAUUGAUACAACAUAACGAGCAUGGAAAUCUGUGGGCGGACACGCUAUUUGAUAUUUAAAAAAUAGUUUAAAAUAAGACUUAUCUACUGAAAGUUAUUAAUAGUGAUAAAUUUCCUUAAUCAUGAUAGAGAGUAUUAAUAGAGAUUUAGUUCCUAUCAAGGCACAUUAUUUUCUUUACAAUGCCGCCACUGGAUGCAUUGUGCCAUUUUUGCCAACACUUGCAAAACAGUUGGGCUUUUCCGGAUUUCUCGUGGGCACUAUUUACACAAUAUUGCCAAUCUCCGGAUUAAUUGCAAAACCAUUAUUUGGAAGUCUUGCUGACAAGUACAAACUUCAUAAAUCAUUUUUUCUUUUUUUUCAAGCAUUUUUAACUAUUAGCUUUUUUACAAUGCACUUUAUACCCGAAAUAAUGACGACUGCGGAUACUAGAUUAAAAUGUAGUAAUUCACAAGCUUUUCUUGAAUUGUGUCCUGAGAAAUCAUUCUCGAGGGAUGUUUUGGAUAAUGUUAUCAGCUCUAAUAAAUCCGAAGGCGACUGUCAAAUAAGUUGUCAGAGUUUGACAAAAAUAAACGACACCGUCUGUACUCAUUGGCAUCUUUGUAAUCCCGAUGGAAUUCCAUUUAAUUUCACUGCUCAUUAUGAUAUGUAUCACGAUUUAUCGUUGAAAGAUUGUGUUAAUGUAAAAGUUGAAAAGGCCAUUUUUCCUGAUGGCCAGUCAACAAAAAGACUCUGUGAUACUGGAGUGUCGACACCAUGUAAAAUUUCAUGUCCAAAACAUCCUGCAAUGGAUAAUUUAAUACGUCAAUCGAAAAAUUCCACUAGUUUAUCACAGACCUCGACAUAUCAAUUUCAAGUAUUUUUAUGGGCAUCUAUUACCAGUUGGAUAGGAAUGGCUGUGGUUGUUAGUUUAGGAGAUGCCAUUUGUUUUAAUGUCCUUGGUGAAAAUAAAAGAAAAGAAUAUGGCAAACAAAGAAUGUGGGGCAGUAUUGGCUUUGGAAUAUUUGGAAUAAGUGCAGGAUACUUAGUAGAUGUAUUUAGUCGUGACGAAACUAAUAAGGAUUAUACUUGCAUAUUUUAUAUUAUGCUAAUAGCGAUGAUAUUUGACAUUAUUGUCUCAGCAACUCUGACAAAAAAAAAUUUACAAUCCGGAGAAAUUGAACCAUCUGUUUUAUGGGAAUUGUGGUCCCUAAUGAGAGAAGGAAGAAUUCUUGUUUUUACAUUCUGGUGCAUUGGAUCUGGAAUUUGUACUGGUGUUGUUUGGAAUUUUCUUUUAUGGUACACUGAAGAAUUGGUACCACCCGGAACAGAAUGGCUAAAAACAUUGCAGGGACUCGUUAUUGGCGUUCAAAGUUUUUUGGGCGAAUUACCAUUUAAUUUUAUAUCGGGAACUGUUUUGAGAAAAUUGGGUCACAUUAACGUUAUGAGCCUUGUUUUACUUGUUUAUGCUAUUAGAUUUAUGGCCUACAGUGUAAUUUCAAAUGCCUGGUGGAUUAUUUUAGUUGAAGUACUUCAUGGACCAUCACUUGGACUUUGUUGGCCGACGAUGGUUUCUUAUGGUGACAAAGUUGCGCCAUCAGGAACUAAAGCAACAAUUCAGGGAGUUAUCGGAGCAAUAUUCGAAGGCGUUGGCGUAUCAGUUGGUAGUUUACUUUGUGGAUACUUAAUGGACGAAUACAGAGGCGCUGUUACUUUCAGAAUUUUCUCCGGUGGAGCUCUCAUUUGGUUGACAAUUUAUUGGAUUCUGCAAUUAUUGCUACGCAAAGCAAAAGCCUAUCCUUUGCAACAGGGUCAUAGUCGUAAGUAAUUACGAUUGUGAUGCAUGAAAUUGCUUAGAUAAUUUUGCACGAUUUAGCGAGUUACGCUCCCCCGAACGAUGCCAUUCUCAUGACGAUGAGUCAAGAACUUCAAACGUAUUAACACUGCUGCCUCAGACAUAAGGAAAAAAAAAAUUAAUUUUUUCUUUUUGAGCCCGAUAACAUAAAAACCGAGACCAAAGUCGUAUAAAUCUAAAAAGAAAAAAAAAUACUCUCUUUCUCAAAAAUAGGGGAAGCUUUUAAAUCGUUUGCCAUUUUGUUUAAUUUUUUCAUUGUUUAUAGUCUUUGUCAUUAAAUUUUAAAAUAAUUUACAAUCGAUGUACAAAUAUAAUUUGUGCGUGUUAUUCACGUGUGAUAUUCGACAGUUUUUUUUUUUUAUCGUUCAGUAUUAUACACGAAUUUUAAUCAUUUAUGUUUGCAAAUACAUUGUUUUCUUUUUUA